GCCGCCGCGGCCGGCCGCGACGCCGCCGCGCGCGACGCCGCCCUGGAGGAGGCCGUGGGCUCGCUGGGCCGGCUGCGCGAGCAGGCCCUCGAGGCCGCCUCGCGCCUGGAGGAGGGCACACGCCGCCUCGCUGGCGCGCACGCCGGCGCCGCGGGCGCAGCCCGGCGCAGCUGGCUCGAGCUGGCCGAGCAACUGAGCGCGACCAUGGGCCCCAUCACGGACGCGGCGGAGGGACAGAAAUGUGGCAUCCUGGAGGCCGCCAGCGCCGCCAGCGCGCUCGUGGAGCAGCUGCGGGCGCACCAGGCCGAGGUGCUGGAGGCGCUGGAGGCCGCCGCGGACCGGGCCCUCGGCGAGGCCCGGGCGUGCGCGGCGGCCGGGCGUGCGGAGGCCUCCCGCUGCGCCGCGGUCGCGGACUCCGCUCGCAGCCGGGCACAGGAGGCGCUCGACCAGGUGCCG